AAGAAGCUGUGUUUUGUUUCUGGCGGAAACAGAAGCGGAAGUCCCGGUAUUACCACUAGUAUUAUCAGUUAGUUUUAUUAAACUUUAACCCAGAACAUAGACAGAUAUAUCUAUAUAGAUAGAUAUAGAGCUAUCUCUAUGAGCCCAGGAGAGGAACGAUAACAGUUCUCUGAUCUCCGAGAGGUAUGUACUACUAUCGCUAUGACAAUGCUGAGGUCAGCUGCUGCUAUAAAUACCUCAUGUUCAGCUACAACAUCAUCUUCUGGCUGGCGGGAGUGGCCUUCAUCGCCGUUGGUUUCUGGGCUUGGAGUGAAAAGGGAGUCCUGUUGGAUCUGACCCAGGUGACCCGUUUGCAUGGAUUUGACCCGGUCUGGUUGGUUCUGGUGGUGGGCGGAGUCACCUUCAUUCUGGGCUUUGCCGGCUGCGUGGGCGCUCUCAGAGAAAACAUCUGUCUGCUGAAGUUUUUUUCGGGCGUGAUCGGCUUCAUCUUCAUCCUUGAGCUGACGGUGGCGGUGCUGGCCGUGGUGUUUCAGAGUCAGGUCAGAGAAUGGAUCAACGACUUCUUCCUGGCUAACGUCAGAGGCUACCGAGACGACAUCGACCUGCAGAACCUCAUCGACUCUCUGCAGAGGAUGAACCACUGCUGCGGCGCCCAGGAACCAGACGACUGGGACCAGAAUGUUUAUUUCAGCUGUAACGGGACUCAUCGCAGCAGAGAAAAGUGUGGCGUUCCUUUCUCCUGCUGCAUCACGGACCCCGCGGACAUACCAGGAGUGGUGAACACUCAGUGUGGCUACGACGUCAGAAACAGACCCAAGAGGGAGUGGCCCAGUCAUAUCUUUACUAAAGGCUGCAUUGCUGCGUUGGAGGACUGGUUACCUGGAAACCUCUACACCGUGGCCAUCGUCUUCAUCGUCAUCUCUCUGCUGCAGAUGGUGGGGAUCUACCUAGCCCGGACUCUGAUCUCUGACAUCGAGAAGUCCAAAUUCCCCUACUGAGACCACGUGACGGGGGCGGAGCCUAACCCUGCAGGGGCGGAGCCUAAUCCUGCAGGGGCGGAGCCUAACCAUACAGGGGCGGAGCCUACCAUGCAGAUAUUAUUGGACCAAGUAUCUUCAGUCAGACGUGCCUUCUUCUUCUUCUUCUUCUUCUUCUUCUUCUCCUCUUCCUGUCAUCAGUUCGCUGCUCUCCUGAUGAUGCUGUUGUCAUGGUGACUGAGAACCUGUCUCCUUGACAACGUGUUAUAUUGUGUUUCUGCACCAGACUGCCUUCACUUCUGUUAAAGAACAAGCUGUUUACUGUUCAGUGCCUCAAAUCAUCUCCUUCUUCUUCAUCAUCAUCACCACCAUCAUCAUCAUCAUGUCAUCAUUAAUGAAUCAAUCGUUGUUUAAACUGUGUUGUGAUGUGUUGCGCUCUCAUUGGCUGAGAGGCUGUCUAUCAGAAACCACAGAAGAAGAGUCAGAGCUGCCGAUCCGAACCAGAAACCAGAUUUAUCUCCAAUAAUUCAGAUUUAUCGCCAAUAAUUCAGAUUUAUUCUCCAAUUAUUCAGAUUUAUUAUGUUUCUUUAUCUGUAUUCAGAUGUUUGAGUUUAGGCAUCCAGCUCAUUGGUCAGGGCAUGUAAGCCCCGCCCACACACCCGCCCGACCAAUCAGGAGUCAGCUGGCCAGUUAAAUUGACCAAAACGUAGAAAGUGGGCGGGAGUUACAGAUGUUUGAUUGAAUAUGACGACUUUAUCGACACUGGAUUCCUGUUAACGAGCUUUGAAUAAAUAAAGGUUUGUGUUGAAAUGUUUUGUAUUAAUAAAGAUUUCAGGAUCUUUGAGCCAAUCAGAAGAAGCCUUAACUUUCUGCUUUUCCUGUUCCUGAUUUAAUUUGAGUUUUUGUUUAAUUCUGAAGGGAUUCUGUUUUUAUAAAAGUGUAUUUUAUGUCUUUUUAUAUUCAUCAAAAUAAAGUUUGGUCUGAGUUGUUUAAAA